AUGAAAGAAUCAUCAUCAAGUUUAAAACGACAUUCUACAAAUCACAGUCAAAUCAAUUAUGAUCAAUAUGCAGAUGAAUGCCCAGACGAUGAGCUUGAUUUUCAACUAAUUGAUUACAACAAACAGAGAAGGAAACGGUUCAUAUGUGAUAAAAAUGAUCGAGUUCAAGCACGAACAAUAAUCAAUUUGAAUAUCAAUAAUAACAAAAAUUUACAAACAACAACGAUAAGUAAUAACAAAGUCAACGACAAUCCAUUUCGAAUAUCAAAGCAUGCAUUGGGUUAUGCAUCUAAAUAUCACUUUCAACCAAUUAAAUUUGAAUGUGAUCCAAAAAUAAAAGAUCAACGUGAAUGUUCAAAAUUCAUUCAAGCAUUUUUUAAUUAUAUUAAAAUUGAUUUUCGAAAGCAAAAUGUAUCAUACGGGUAA